AUGUCUUUGAACGGCCUUGACACUCCCGAAAUUAAGGAAGCUCAUGAGACCGCCGCAGCAGAGCCAGGGGGAUGGUUCGUCCUUAAGUAUGCCGGCCGCGAUGUGCUUGAGCUCCUUGGUCGCGGCAACGGUGGAAUAGUAGAGAUCCGCAACGCCAUUUCCCAGUACGAGGAUCCAUCCCCGUUGUACGGCUUUCUACGCUAUAGGAGGAGAAAUGUAAUCAUCAAAUAUCUCCCCGAGGACUGCUCGCGGCUGGUUCAAGCCCGAGUAACCGUCCACCUCGACUCGAUAUGCGAGCGCUUCUCGCCGUAUGAUACAGUUUUUGAGAUUGCGGAUGCCAAGGAGCUAAAGGAUACCAAGCUCUCUGCCGCAUGCUCUCUACACACUGCAUCAGGCUCCACGUCUUCGUCUACCAGUUCUCUUCGUCGCCGCCGCCUUAUGGAAAUUGCCGAGGAGGAGGAGGAACAAAGAGCAAGCAAGCGCCAGUCUGUGGUCAAUGAAGAGAACGACGAAAGUAGGCCAAAGUCCAUUGAGCUGCCACCUGUUGCUCUCGACUCCGGACUUGCCUCCUCACCUGAGGAGUCGCAGUUCUCUGGCAAGGUUGAGCCGCCGCCUUUCGUCGGAGCGGAACCAGAACGCCCGCCUUCUCCAACAAAGUCGUUAGAGACGUAUAGCCAGCUAGAUUCCUACGGAUCUGGUUCUCCGUACUCGUACAAGCCCAAAGUGAAGCUUGGGCCGCGCCCGUCCCUUGACAUGAAUGCUCGGCAGCGCAACGGGACCCUGAGCGGUUUUCGGCCCAUUUCUGCCCUUCCGGCCGGCUUCAAGAUGCAGAAGAAGGAAAAACCCGCCAUGGUGCGACAAUCCAUGGACGAGAAUUCACAUCCCAUUGUGCAAGAGCUUUUUGGAUCCGGUGCUCGGGAUACGCCGAACGCGGUUCCAACUAGGCCUCACACCAGCGGCGGCAUACAGCCACCUCCGAUACCAGAAUCCAAGAUAUUCGUAAAGGCGCCGUUAACUCCUGGCGCCGUUUCGGUUACUUCUGCUAAGUCGUCGAUGUACCCUAAUACCAACAGCCCGGAGAAGUCACGGCUGAAGAAGGCGAUGCAACUGAGGGAAAAGAAGAAGCAAAAAGCUCUGUUGGUGGCUGCAGAUGCCAAGGUAGCUGAGACUGAUGCCGCCCCAGACGUCAAGGCGGCAUGGCCAGAUUCGGAUGGUGUCGGUCAGACGCCAUUGGCGGAGAAUCCAGAGCCUAACGCAGCGGACUCCUCGAUUGCAGAAGUGGAGGAGCAACCGCAGGUUGACAGGCCGCAGCAAGCCGACAAAGAACCAGAAGCUCAGCAGCCUUCUGUCACUGAGCAGUCCCCAGAAACCACACCUGCGACGGAAGCUGAACCAAUAGAACCUGUCAACCAAAGUCCUAAUCAGCAACCGGAAAACGAUGCUGGAACUACACAGGAUGACGGACAGCAAGGCUUGGCUGUAGAUGAUCGCUUCCCUGCGACAACAGCGGCGACGACAGAGUCAGGUGACGACAACUCAUCCUCCUUGGCUCGGGAAGGGACAGUAUCGGAUGCGCAUACCGACUCGUCGCAUCCGGCCUCGCCGAUAGUGGGAUGUUCAGACCUUGGAAACUCGACGAAAGCCUCGUCUGUAUCCGAAGCUACAGAAGAGACUGUGCUGGAUCAGGCCCGACUCAAGCCGACUGAGGCUGCUGAUAAAGAUCAAGCCAACCCAGACGUUCUGGGCGGCGCACUUGAUGUUUCUUGUAGUUCCAGCGCAGAGGUUUCCGAAGGAGCUGAGCAAAAAGAUGUAGCUAUGGCCACUGGGAGAGGGGGUCAGGUUGCUGACAGGCAAGAGCUGGAGGAACCGGCUCCUGUGCAGUUGCCGAUAUCAAAAUUCGCAUCUGCUGUCAUCAAUGAGACAACAGUAGGGAGCGAUAGGAAUGCUGCUGCGGAACACAUCCCUUCACAACCUGAAUCAACAAGCCCACGGCUUGACAUUCCAAAGUCCAAAUUCUCGACAGUAAAGCAAGAGCCUGCAAGCCCGUCUGGCAGGUCCCCCGACACUCCAACCAUUGCCAUCAACGACCAAGGGGAGAAAGAGGAUGAGAAGGAAAACCAAGAUCCCGAGAAGCAUAGAUCUGGUUCAGCUGCCGGGUUGUCGAAACAAAAGCGAAAGGUAUCCAUUGACCCAAUCCGAAUCGAGACAGCCAAUCUCUCCGAUGACGAGGAUCUCAUGGAUGAACUGCAGACGGCGACCUUGCAGGAAGCCCGCCCUAUGAACAUCUCCAAGUCUCCAAUCACACCAGUAUUUCCCACACAACCUUUAGCUGCUCCAGCAGCCGCAAACACCGACGAGUUGAGUCCUCGGCCAAUCACCAGCCAGGGCAUACCUAGCAGCUCAGUUACCGAUUCUCCAGCCGGGCCCGCUGGACCCGCCAUAAGACCGAUGACCGCCGCCAUGGACUCGCCCUCUGGUUCUGGGACCAGCACUCCUCAAGGCUACCAUGGCAUGCGAUCUGCAUCGAAUCCAACCGCCCGUGCUCCCCCUUCCCUGUUAUCGGCCACUGGGGAUGGCGACAGACCAUUGGGCGUGAGGGCAGCAUCCUCAGGGUCUGCCUUUUUGAACAGGUUUGGGUCAUCUUCAGGAACAGCACCACCCUCGCCUUCACCAUCAGUCGCGUCAACGUCUGCUGCAAAUCUCCUGUCAAAGAAGACAGGCGUUGGCAGCAGCAUCUCACAGCGCAUCAAGGCUUUGGAGAAGCUGUCGGCCGCUGGUCUCCCCUCCUCGAAUGCAACAGAGCGGCCACAGUCGGCAUUCUUUGCCGUUCGCCAGCAACCGUCGAUUGGUCGUGGCGAAGCGUCCUCACGGGCCCCAUCGGUUGUAGAGCGGGCAACCUCCCUGGGUCAGGACCCGACGCCAUCUCCUCCUCGGUCCCGCGGGAGAGACAUCUCGACGACGGCAGGAAGCAUCCGGGACAGGUCUGGAUCUAUCUCCAGCAGACUGUCGGUUUUUGAGGGCGGGAACCUGCCCAGGGGCAGGCCAGAUUCUAUUCAGGUGACGGCCCGUAUCGUCAGGGAUCCUCGCCAGCAGUUUCCCAGAGUGACCGAGCCACGCGCCGAUACGAAUGAUGGAUCGAUGUUGGACCUGAAGCCUUCGGUUCUGGUGGUUGACCACGAGAAGGCCUCGGAUGAGUCGCAAGAGACGGCAGUCGCCCCAGUGGAAACACGCAAGGAGACUCUCCUGCAGCGUCGGCAGUCAAAAAAGGAGAAGCGCAGGUCCCAAUCCGAGGAUGCAGGGAGCACUGGCGGUGAUGGAGCUGGAGAUGAGGUCGGUGAAGAUGGUAAUCCUCGCAGGCGCUCCUCUCUGAGCAUCGUCAAAGAUUUCAUCAAGGACCGCCGCCGCAGUGUGCUCAGCGGUGGCAAAUCUCCAUCGACGGACAACCUCCACAGCGCUGUGCUGAGCCCAAGUCCUCUGGCCAGUCCUAAUGCGUCCCGUUCACCAUCCAGGCCACCCUCGGUGCACCAAAGCAGCGGCAUCUCGGGACGUUUGAGCAUCUCCAGCCGGCGGUCCUCGACCAGCAAAGAUAGGGAUCUCCCCCCCGUUACUGUCAUGUCGCCUAGCAAUGGCCCCGAGGCCAGCGGCUCUGGAGAUGAGAGUGUCAAGGCGACCGAGAAAAAGAGCAGAGCUAGUCGGUUUAUCAGACGCCUAUCAAGCUCCUUGAGCUCCAGCCGGAAGACAGUCACCCCCGUCAUGUCUCCUACCGUCGCCGAGGAGGAAUACGACGGCGACGACCAUGGCUCCUUCUUCUCGGGAGGGCAACAGACCCACCACCACCAGCCAACGCAGCUGGCUUACAUGGGCGAUGUGAAUGUCCAGUUCCCCGACAACCUCCUUUGGAAGCGCCGUACGAUGUGCCUGGACUCGCAGGGCUUCCUGAUCCUUAGUGCAGUGCAGGGAAUUGCCGCUGCAACUGCCACCAACACGACGGCGCUGAAUGGCAUCAAGCGCUACCACCUGAGUGACUUUCGCUUGCCGUAUGCCCCCGAGAUGGAGCAGCAGGAGCUCCCUAACAGCGUUUGUCUUGAUUUCCUCGAGGGCUCAAGCCUACAGAUUGCAUGUGAGGACCGCGCCGGUCAACUAAACACUCUCCGUGCCCUGCAAGAUGCCCAUCGUAAUCAUACGACUUUCGGACAAUGA